GCACGCGUUUUGAUCGCACUCUCGCACUACAGUACCGUACCGUUUGGGUUUGAUUGUUUAAUUGGUGAAAUUCUUUUCUCUAAAGAAAGGUGUGCGGUGGUGAAAACAAGUGAUAGAAAGCAUCACAGCGACAACCUUGAAGGAUCUGAAGGAUAAUUUGCUUGGUUGAUAAAAGAGUGGAAUAUAAAGUGGAAACUGAAGGGCGCUGAAACGCUGAAAGUGAAUUGGAAUUUCAAUUUUUCCGUGGAAGAGGAUCUAUCCGAGUGUUUAAGUGCGAAGCAAGAUACCGGAUUGCAUCCGGAAGAAAAUCUGUCAAAAUUUGUGUUAAACGUGCAAGAAAGAUGAAGGCCAUCACAGCGGUGUGUGCUACGGGUGCGUCGGUGCCGGCAAUUGCCAACGGCCGAGUUCAGCGGCACCGGGACGGUGAAAAUGCCGAGAUUCAGAUGUACCUGUCGAAGCUGAAAGAUCUGGUACCGUUCAUGCCCAAGAAUAGGAAGUUGUCGAAGUUGGAGGUCAUCCAGAAUGUCAUCGACUACAUCUGUGACCUGCAGAGCGCACUGGAAUCGCAUCCGGCUGUGAAUAAUUUCGAUCCCGUGCAGGCUCUGGCUAGUCAUCAGAAUGCUGCGGAACAGAUGGAGUCCACACCGGUGGGUCCUCGGCAACCGCUGGGAGUGCGGCCAAGUCCCAACAUGAUCCUGGCCAAUGCCGCAAAUGUCCCUGUCAGUCCUGCCGUGAGUGGUUCCAGCAGUUCCAGUAGCAGUAGUAGCAGCGGCAGUGAUUCAACCAAUGUGGCAAAAGACAAAUCGACGUGAAUUGUCACAACAUAAAAGUGUGAACAAAGGUUGAACGCCCACCGGGACCGGGACCGGGACUUCCGUUGCCGGUCCCGUCCGUUGGCCGCCGCUGCUUGUUUAGGAGUUUGGAUGAUCUCAGCCUCGAACUGAACAAAACAAAAACAUAAACUGACUUACACAUAACACACAACUACAAAAGCAAAAACAACAACGGUCAUUGUUUGACUGACGCGCACGCAACAACAAAAACAACAAACCGGUGGGACGUGGCUGCGUCCUGAACUGCACACUGCUGGAAUGCGCUUGCGUGCGACAUCUUAUUAAUUAUUAAUUAUAAUGUUCUGUGAUCUAUAGAAUAUGUUUUUUUAUGGAAGAAGUUUACUUACGUACGGUCAUAAAACUGAUUUCAUUCUCAAGCACAGUUAAGAACAAAAACAAAGCGGAAAACGGCUUCCCUUGACCUGUCAUACGCGAACGCGACGACCACGUCGCAA